CGGCGGUUGGGUUUAGUCAGGUGUGGAAGACUAGGUCUUGGGGAUUUUCCUUGAGCUGGAGCGUCUCCCCUCCGAGCGCCUAAGGCUUCGGUCCAGGCACUGAAUGGCUGGUCUCCAGUUGGCUCCACAUCUGCCUGUGGGCGUUAUGUUCCCACAUAAUAAAACAGAAGCUCAUGGGCUCCACUCCGCUAAGCACGACCCUUACGAACAAAGUGACUCUCCCCAGCGGUCCUCGAUGGGACACUUGAGGACUAGUUUCCAGCAGAAGCUUUGGAGCAACACAGAGCUGGAACAAGAGGAUGUCAUCUCCACCCACCCCAAAAGGAACAUCUGCACGAAAGCCCGGAGGCACUCCUGUCCCCACAGUGCAGGAAUCAGCCAGCAAGGCUCAGGAAACAAUGCCCAGGGCCAAGGAAAGGGUUUGUUUUACUUGUCUAGCCCGACACCCCGGUAUCCCAAAGCAAAUGACCAGGACUUCAUUCCAUUUAGGAAGAAACGAGUUGGCGUGGAUCGGGCAUACCCACUGAAACCCAUGGUCCACCGGAAGUCACAUAGUACAAGUGAAACAGGCAUUGACGGGGACCAGAAUGGCUACCCAAGGCUCCCUGACUCGAGCGAGUUUUCGGACAGCAGCUUUGGGUUAAGGAGCUGGGUGAAUCCCUCUCUCCUUGCUUCCCCGCAGGCAGAGAAGGUCAUGGCACAGCUCCAUAGGACAGAGUGGACACAGAUCCAAAGGCUAGAAGCUGCAGGCGAGAGUUUACAGAAGGAAAUCCGAAGAAAGGAGAUUCUCCUACGAGAAAAGCUAAAGAAGACAGAGGAGGGUCUUCGAAGGAUUCAGAGGGAAAAGAAACAGGCCAUUUUCCAGGAAGACAGGGAGCUACAAAGGAUGGUAUUACCUAGGAGGCGGGUUAGAGAUGGUGACCUCGACACCACACACAACUCCUGCUUAUCCCCAGAGUUGAGGUCCGAGGUGUUCAGUAGAAACAGGGGAGAGGAUCAAACGUGUGAACAGGCUCAGGAAAACUCUAGUCCACUCCAGCUCUCUGAUUAUGAAAUCCAGAGGCUCAAAAGGGAAAGGCUGAUGGUAAGUAACAAUAAAAUCCGAGACAGAGACUCAGGACCGUCAGCAGGCACGUUCUCUCAACCUGCAGAGGAUCUGGGCGAUGAACUGCAGGCAUCGAGUUUGUCCGGAACACCAGGGUCCUCAGGGUCCAGCUCCUCCACAGAAGAGCAAGAGUUGGGCAAAUGCAGCCACUGUGGACGCUCGUUUCUUUCCCUCAGGCUGCAGAGACACUCCACCGUUUGUGGCAAGAUGCAGGGUUCCAAAAGAAAAGUGUUUGACUCCUCCAGGGCCCGGGCGAAGGGCACAGAACUAGAGCAGUACUUGAACUGGAGGGGGCCAGCCACAGACAAGGCUGAGCCUCCUCCUCGGAAGAGCACCUGGAGACAGAAGCACGAGUCUUUUAUCCGUACCCUCCGGCAUGCACGACAAGUCCAGCAGGUAAUCGCCAGAGGUGGCAAUCCCUCAGACCUGCCUUCCAUCUUGCCUGCAGAAAACCCAGACUACGUGCAGUGUCCUCAUUGCAGCCGCCACUUUGCUCCCAAGGUGGCUGAACGCCAUAUACCUAAGUGUAAGACCAUCAAGAACCGUCCUCCACCUCCAAGGAGGCAUGACAGCUGAGCAGACAGUGGCAGACACUGCCUCACUCGGGCUCUUCGUCCCUUCAGCAGAAAACCAGAGAUAAGUGAUGGGAAGCAGGGAGAAAAACAGAACUUUUCCAAAACUCAGGAUCUGCCUGUCGGGCAAAACGACCCAUGUGGAGGAGAGCCACUGCUGCACGGCAGGGGGCAAAUGGAAGCCCCAUCUUCUCACAGGAUCAGAAGCUUGGCUGAGUGCUCAUGGUCUUGCCUGAAGAAUUGGUAGUUGAGGACCCUGGGAAGUGAGGCUGCAUUAAAGCUCUUCCCGAACCUGA